CUGUAGAUUAUAUAUGUUUGCGGAUGAAUGUUGCGUGAUGCUGCGGUGUUUCUUCUUCGACCCCGCCCACAGCGUUACGUCAUUACAUAAACAAACCCGUCACGUGUUCAGAGGAAACCGGAAGUGGCGGACUCAUCGUCUGCUCAUCAAAACAAAAACAUCAUCCUGAUGUUUCCUCUGACUGUUUUAAAAAUAUGGCAGCGACUUCACGGAGAAUAUAAGAGCUGUAAGAUCAACAUGGAGGAGUAGAAAGCAGAAGUUUGGUCGCUAGUUCGUUCUAGCAUUAAUAGCUUAGGUUAGUUUAGGUUAGCUUAGCUUAGCUCGCCGUUAGCUCCAUGGCGUCCUCAGCGGGACUCCCCCCGCUCGGCCCGGACCGAGCUGCUUCUUCCUCCGGCUCUCACACCGGGGGCAGGCCGCCUCUCCGGCCGCACCCCCCACCCCCGGCGCUGCCCCCCGGGGUGAUGGCGGAGUCGGUGGACGACGCGGAGGGUCUGUAUGUGGCGGUGGAGCGGUGCCCGCUGUGCAGCACCUCCCGCCGCAGGCUCACCUGCGCCCGCUGCGUGCAGGCCGGGGACUUCGUGCACUUGGACGGCAGGAACACGGAGAGAUUCAUUGAAAAGUUGGAGCGACUGAAGAAGCUGAAGGAGGAGAAGGAGCAGCUGCAGCAGAGAGUGAUCCAGGCCAUGGACCAGAAGCUGCAGGCUGAUGAGAUGAAAUGGAAGAUCAUGUCGUGUAAGAUGAAGAUCGAGCAGCUGAAGGAGGCGGUCGCCUGGGGCAACGAGGAGAUGAAGAGCGAUAAGGGCGUGCUCCUGCGCUCCCAGGAGGAGAGCCAGCGGCUGCAGCGCCGGGCCGGACGCCACCAGGAGAAACGAGAUAAGAUCGAGCGUCACAACCGUCGUCUGGGGGAGCUGCUGGAGAGACGCAGCCGGGAGCUGCUGGUCAGACUGGGACAACUGGCGGCGCUGAGGAGGGAAAACAUCCUGGAGCUCACCACGCACAUCUUCCCCACGCAGGAGGAGAAACUGGGCAGCAGAGACCCCGCGGACGUGGUGGCGGAGUGUGACCCGGCGUUGACCUCCAGCACGGUGAGCGAGCUGGCCGAGGCCCGCAGGACCACCUACCUGUCGGGACGCUGGAUCUGGGACGACCAGAACGGAGAGACCAGCAUCAGCAUCACGGGACCCCCCGUCACCCUGCCCAGCAACGGAGACUGCUCCGCCUACUACAGCUGGGUGGAGGAGAAGAGCACCAAUCAGGGGCCAGAGUUGGACCACAUCAACCCGGCUCACACCAUCAGCGCGGCGCUCUGCUACGCCACGCAGCUCGUCACCAUCCUGUCGCACAUCCUGGACGUCAACCUGCCCAAGAAGCUGUGUAACAGCGAGUUCUGUGGAGAGAAUCUGAGCCGAUAUCGAUUCACCAGAGCGCUGAGCAAACUGAACACCAACAUCCUCCAUCUGUGCUUCUCACAGCAUGUUGACAGUGAGAAGCUUCACCCUCAUCACACUCUGAGGAACAUCAUGUUUCUGGUUUCCCCCGACAACGACAACUUGGGCAGGACGGGUCCGUUCGAGGUGAGCGCUGACCUGGAGGAGUCGAUGGAGUUUGUGGAGCCGGAGGCGGCCGGGCCGGCGGAGGAGAGCGGAGACGAGGCGGUGACCGAUGAGGAGACGGACCUGGGAACGGACUGGGAGACGGUGCCCAGUCCGAGAUUCUGUGACAUCCCAUCACAGCCCAUGGAGCUUUCCCAGAGUGCAUUGCAGGUGUCCCAGCCCGCUGCAAACACAGGAGGGAUGAUCUCGUCUGCCGCUGCCUCCGUCACUUCCUGGUUCAGAGCGUACACCGGCCAGCGCUGAUCGGACCGGACCGGACCGGCUCGGAUCUCCAUACAUGAAGCGGCCCGGUUCAGAUCUGGACUCCUGCAGGUCCAGGACUUUGGGCUGGUUUGGAGCAGACUGGACUGAGCAGAGUGCAGGGGUCAGGGGUCAGAGGUCAGAGGUCAGCAGGUAGACAGUCAGAUUAUCAGAAGUUCAAAGACUUUCAGACUGUAGUUUCUCUUCUGUAGUUUGUUGUUGAAUCUCUAAACUUUAUUGUUUCAUGUUUCCAUGACAGUCGUCUCCGGAUGUUUCUAUGGAAACCGCUGUGGUGUGAAGCACGAGUGUCUCUCAGUGAAAAGUUCAAGAUAAUCAUUUUAAAGGAUUAUUCUGGUUUAUUCCAACAGGUCAUUAAAAUAUAAAAGAUUGAUGAUGAUUCAAUAAAUUAACUGGAACUGAAACAACACCAGCCAAAGGUCAAAGGUCGCAGCGAGAGAUGACACGUCUUCAUGACAUCAUUAAGUUGUUUUCCUGCUUAUGUUUACUUUAACAGCUGAUAUAGAUGUUAAAAAUUCAAUCACAGCGUUGGAUCAUCAUCAUGUUUAGUGAUAAAAAAACAUCAAAGUCGACACAUUUAACAUUUUAAAACUGACAAUAACACUAAAUAUUAAAUUAGAGCUGCAAGUUUCAUUAUUGAUUAACCUGAAGAUUAUUUUCUGGAAUCAUUAUUUGAUCAAUAAAACUGUUUCUCUACAGAUGGAAACAUCCGUCACAGUCCGUUAAAGCACAAAGUCACCAACAGUUCACAAUAUUCACUUUCCUGUAAAGGUUCCAUAUUUUACACAUAAAGCUUCUCUCUGCAGCUCCGCCGUGAACGGGGCUGCUCUCCUCUGAUUGGCUAACUGUGAUCCGAUGACAUCAUAACGUCGUCAACAUCAAAUGUUUGAACAAAUGACUUCAAAUAGUUUCAGAUUCGUUUUAUUUGAUCCUUUAAUAAUUUAAUAGUUUAAUAAUUAAAUAAUUUAAUAAUUAAUUGCAGCUCUUUACAGUAAAUAAAUGAUUUUAA